AUGCCAAAGAAACCUAUUUUAAAACAAAACUCAUACAUUUCUAAUAAUGCACCUGCACAAGUGUCUACAAGCAAAAAAAUGCCUGCAAAAGUGUCUAAAGGCAGAAAAGUACUUGUACAAGUGUCUACGAGCAAAAAAGGACAAACAUUUACGAAUAAAAAAGUAUCUGUUCAAGCGCCUACGAGCAAAAAAGAACAAACGUCUACGAGUAAAGAAGUAUCUGUGCAAGUGCCUAUGGGCAAAAAAGCACCUGCACGUGUAUCUACAGGUAAAAAAGUAGGCAAAAAAGAAUUUUUGUUUAAGGCUCAUAAUAAUUUGAGCGAUAAACAUGAAGACUCUAAUAAUUAUGAAGCACCUUUGAACGCUCUUAUUCCAAAUCUCAACCUUUACAAUCACAACGCUCCUGUUCUCCAUCCAGGUCUCAACCUUUAUAAUCACAACACUCUUGUUCUCCAUCCAGGUCUCAACCUUUACAAUCACGACGCUCUCAUUCUCCAUCCAGAUCUAAACUUUUCCAAUCAUGACAAUAUCAUUCUCCAUCCAGGUCUCAACCUUUCCAAUCACGACAAUCUCGUUCUCCAUCCAGCAGUAGUGUAUAUUUCUGAGCAACCAGACCUUUUAAAAAUUGCAUGUCAAAUGGCUCAAUAUGAUGGUCAUAAAACAGGUGAUGACAAAUCUGUGGUUUUUACUCAACAA